GAAAAAUAGUGGUUCAGUGCGGCUCACCGCCCGGGCAAAAUCAGCGGGCUGCAUGCGCGACAGCUCGCAGCAAUCUCCUUCAGCUCAAUUGCUUCCCCGAUCUCAACCACCACAGCUGUCAUUUCCGCUCGCUUUUCCUUCACUACUGCAUGAUACCCACUGAUUCCGCGACCUCAACUAUCCCGAUCCCACCGCCACGAUGCGAUUGACCGUCGAGCUGAUCCAAAAUUCCCUGUCGUACAUCAACCCGGUCAACGACCGCGAGCUAGAUCUCCGAGGGCACAAGAUACCCGCCAUUGAGAACUUGGGUAUUGCCAAGGACCAAGAUGCCAUCGACCUCACAGACAACGACAUCACGUCGGUGGGAAACUUCCCGUUCUUCCCUCGCCUCCGCACGCUCCUCCUCGCCCGGAACCGCGUCAAGCAGAUCCAGCCCUCGAUAUCAACGUCCAUCCCGAACCUGAGCGCCCUGGUCCUCACAGCGAAUAACAUGAGCGAGCUGGCCGAUCUGGACCCGCUACACAGUCUGUCCAAGCUGACGCAUUUGGUGUUGGUCGACAAUCCGGUGACGCGGAAGGAGCACUACCGCUACUACGUAAUCUGGCGCCUCCCCAGCGUGCGCUUCCUCGACUACCAAAAAGUGAAAGACGCGGAGCGGUCCGCAGCAACAGAGCUAUUCGGCACGGCAGCGGCGCCGUCCGCGCUGGCGUCGAAGAUCAUGGGGAUCAAGUCGCACACGUUCGAUGUGCCGGCGGGGGCGACGGACCGGGCGCCGACGGACAAGGCGGUGCGGGUGAAGCUGACGGAGAAGGAGCGGAAGCGCGUGGAGAAGCUGAUUCGCGAGGCGAAGAGUCUGCAGGAGAUCACGAAGUUGGAGCGGGAGUUGAAUGAGGGGCGGAUACCGGGGGGGGCGCUGGGUUAUGCGGAGAGUGAUGACGAGGGGGCGGGGGAUAAGAUGGAGUCGUGAGGGUCUGUUAUGUGGUAUU